AACUCCCCCCGCCCCCAAAAUCUGAAACCUGCUUGCAAGAAGCUCCUUCUCUGUGCGGGGAGAGGGAAGAGGAGGCGGGCGAUAAUUGAAGCGGGAGGGUGGCGUUUCUGAGGAGAACCUUCCUGGGACCGUCGCGAGGUACUAUGGCGGCGCUGAAGUACGCGGGGCUGGACGACACCGACAGCGACGAGGAGCUGCCCCCCGGCUGGGAGGAGAGGACCACGAAGGAUGGCUGGGUCUACUAUGCCAAGUAAGUGGGAGAGGGUCAGGUGGGCAGGCAGGCAGGUGAGGAAGGGCUCCCGCCUCUGAGGUGGGCUUUCCCUGAGGGAAGGCUUGUGAGGGGUGGGCGGCAAAGGGUCGCUUUUCUGAGUGGCUUGUCCGGCGUGGGUGGGUGGGUGGGGGGUACGUAAAGUCUCCUCAGUUUACCAGUGUAAGAUACAAAAAGUAACAUUUCUCAGUGGUUUAUGAGGGUGGCAUGCAGAAAAGUUUUCUCUUCUCUCCUUCCCCUCCACCCUCGUAAUGUCUUGGGGUGUGUGCAGAAUUUUACUUGAACCUGAGUGGUUUGUAGGGUUAUAUUGGUGAGAGGCAAGAAGUCCCCAGUGCAACAUGGUUCCUGGAAAUAAUGAGGUGUUAAAAAUAUUAAUAACAACCCCCUCCCCAUAGUGCUGUAUGGAGUUUACGCUAGGAGGGGAUGCAGUUGUAUUUGUUUGGUUGGGUGACCGGUACAAAAGCGAACAGGGCACCCCAGGAGAAUCGCCUCUUCUCUGCCACUACCAGCAGGUGCAGCUUGUCCUGCAAACUCACACCUGCUGAAAUUGCCUCUUCUACUCGGCUCUUAAAGGUGUAAGCAUGCCGUUCCCUUUUGUAUCUGACCAGCCUAAGGUUGGGGGCAGUUGCAGACCACUGUCUACAAAGCAACAAUAGCAUAAGUACAGAACAAACUGAAUAAGUCACAAAGAAGCACAGCAAAGGAGUCUUCUGAUAUCUUCAAAGGCAAACGAAGUAGAGCCCAAUCCUGUGCGCUUUUAUUCAGAAGUAAGCCUUUUCAAAAAUAGGGGGUCCAUGACCUGGCCUUGUUCAGGGGAUCUGCAGAAUGAAGCUAAUUGGGAACCACUGCCCUGGGGCAUUUUUCCAGUUGAGAAAGCUGAUGAUCCUGUCAAAUCCCUUGUUUCACUGUGGAAUGGUCAGAUGAAAUGGGUAGUUGAUGUGACUCCUAAGCAUCCUCUUUGGCGCCUUGGAACCUGAGCAGUUCCUUGGUAUUUUGAGGAGUUGCGGACUAUGAAACUGUGUUUGAUCCAGCAGCUGUAGUUAGUGCGGAAGGCUGUAGCAUGCAUGAUUGCUGAUGGGAUUGAGGCCUUGUUAACAUAGAGCACCUGUGCUCAGAGAUCUGCACUGGUUGCCGAUUUGCUACUGGGCCAAUUUCAAGGUGUUACCAUUAAAAUAAAAAGCCCUUAACAACUUGGGACCAGUUUACCUGAGAUUGCUUUCCCCUAUAUGGGCCUACUUGACUGUUUCAAUGAGUAAAGUUGGCACUACAACAGGUGCCACAUAUUGCCCUUUCUGCAUUUGAAAGAACUUGAUUGUUUAGUGGGGCAGCACCUAUACUUUGGAACUCCCCACCUGUUGACAACAAGCAGGGGCCUUCACUGUUCACUUUUCGGUGCCUGCAACAAUAAUUCUUGUUUAGAUGAGCCUACCCAAAUGCUUAGAAAGUUGAGGUAAUUUUAAUCUGCUUUAGUAUUUAAACUUUUGUAUGUUUUAAAGUAUGAUUGUAAUUUUUUCUUUAUUUUCUUGUUUUAUGUUUUUGAAAACUGCUCUGAGGUUUGUUUGUUUUACAAUCAAGAGGUGUAUAAAUGUUAUGAAAUAAAAUAUAAAUAAAUUUAAGUGGUGUGGGGGGUUGCAGGAGGGAGAGGGAAUUUUAAGUUUUGCAAAUGGAGGCAUUACCAUUAGCUGAGUAACACAGUUGGGUGCAACUCAGUAAGUUCAUCUCUCCUUAGAAAUGAAGGUUCACAGGUUUUGCUGUAAAAGGAAACUUAUAGAACCUAACAAACUUUUUGAAAACUUGCUUUUGGGCUCCUGAGCAUUCCUAAGAAAGACUUUGGGCCUACCAGUUCUGUUCCUUAACAUUCAUGCAGACACAGGUAGGUAGUUGUGUUGGUCUGACGCAGUUGAAAUAAAAUAAAAAAAUAAUAGUCCUGUAGCACCAUAGAGACCAACUAAGUUUGUUCUGGGUAUAAGCUUUUGUGUGCAUGCACACUUCUUCAGAUACCUUCAGAAGUGCGCAUGCACACGAAAGCUUAUACUUAGUUGGUCUCUAAGGUGCUACUGGACAAUUUUUUAUUUUAUUUAUUCAUACAGACAGGUUAUCUUUUCUGUGUCUUGUUUGUAACCACUGCCUUGGUAUGAAUUUUUUAAAAAUAAUAUUUUCAUUAAUUUUCCAUUUUUAACAAUAAUUAUAUCACAUUAACACCUUUUGUAAAAUGUUAUGCUCUACCGAGCUCACAACUUCCCUCCGUUCGUCUUCUCGUUUUUAUAAAACACAUAUUAUGUCCACACAUUUGUAAUAGCUUAAUUCUACAUAUAUCUAAAAUUAUUCAAAAGUCAAAACACAUGUAGAAAGUUCCUUCUUUUAAACGUUGUGAGUUUUAUCUCAGUCCUGCUAGUGUUUUUAUAUGUUUACAAUGAUUGUCUAUAUAUUGCAUAAAUUUACUCCAAUCUCUCUGGAACGCUUGGUCACUCUGGUUUCGGAUUUUCCCUGUCAGCUUUGCCUUUGUAUGAAUUAGCAGUGACCCAUAUUCUUUCAUUAUAGUAUUCUAGGAAUUAUUUGUGCCCCAAAGCAGCUAGAAGGCAUUGGUAGGGGGAGCACACUGCUUUACUGCAAAUGUUUGUUGCACCAGGAAGAUUGGCCAGUUUUGAUAUUAGCAAUGCAUAGUGACACAAUUGAGCUCUCACUUCAUUUGUGAAAUAUAUUUGUUUAUAUUGAAAUGCUUCUCUUUCAGUCACCUGGAAGAAAGAACUCAGUGGGAUCAUCCCAAAUCCGGGAAACGGAAACGAGUUGCCGGAGGUUUGUGUCUAGUUUUGCUGACUAAGGGUAGUUCUAAACACAGGGGAAAAGCUAUAAAUGAGUCAGAAAUUAGAUCGUUUUAACAAAAUAAAAAAUUUCUAUGGAAAACCUCAUUUUAAAAUUUCCUGCGGUCUGGUGCCAUCUGGUGUUGUUACAUGUUUAUAGCAUAUUCAGUUCACUGUUUCUUUACUAAUGUAGCUGAGUCCUAAUACUAGUAAAUUAGUCUUUUCCAUUAUCUGUGUGAUACUUUUCCAAGUAAAAUCUCAAGGGAAAAUAGUGGAAGCACAUUUUUCUAAAGACCCGCUAACAAUUAAUGUUUUCCAAUAAAACACGUAUAAUUGUUUUAAAUACACUUUUAUUUUAAAUUGCUAUCCUGGGCUCCUUUGGGAGGAAGGAUGGACUAGUAAUUUAAUUUAAUAAUAAAUAAACUUUGAAAAGUUAAAGCCUGAGCCAUCAACUUGGUGUGCCAUAAUUUGCAAAUGAUUGUAGAUAAUAAUCUCUAUGGCUGGGAAACAUGACAUGAAUAACAUGAAUACUUGUGUCAUAGGAGGACCCCAAUGUUGGUCCUUAAACCAUUUAAUCUGGAAUCCUUCCUCCAAAAUUUGUGAGGCUUCUUCUGUAGUGGAAGUAAAUUAUUGCAGCUGUUCACUCAUUGUCUUCCUUUUAUAAAAUAUAGCUGCAGAAGAACAAAUUGUCCUGCAUUAUUGGGGUUGCUGUAUUAGGCAUACUAGAACUUUGGAUUGUAUCCAACAUGAAACAUCAGUGGCCAUUGCCAUGACUCUUCUAUUUCAGAUUAAAUGUUGCAGUUACAAUGCUUUCUCCUUUCUUAUCUCCCUACUUCAGUAAUUUCAGAUCUUCAGUUAUAUAUAGUCUUAGCAAUAAACUUAUAAAGAAAGGUGUGUGCAGACUAACUGAAUCCCUUAAGGGCCACUAACUACCGAACAGGCAUUGCUCAUUUUCAGCUUGAUCCAAUGCUUGGUUAUCUGGAAGCAAGUCUCAUUGAAUUCAGUGUGUGCUUAGUCCCAAAAGGGUGUGCAUAGGAUUAUAGCAUUAAAACCAUGUGGAAGGUUAAUUUGUUCAUUGCCUUCCAUUACUGUGUCACACUCUUCCUUUCCUGGAUUUUACUGGUUCUUGUCUCCACCACAUUCUUCAGUUGAAGACAAAGUGUUGCUGAGGAUAUACAAUUUAAGCUGAAAGCUUUAAAUUGCUUUAAAAAUGCCACUAAAUUUAUUUUAUAUUCCUUCAGAUUUGCCGUAUGGAUGGGAGCAAGAAACAGAUGAAAAUGGACAAGUCUACUUUGUUGAGUAAGUGAGAGAACUGCAAGGGUUCCAAUUCUCCUCCAAAUGACAUUUCUGCAGUUUUUUUAUUUUAAUGGUCACUGGUUUCCAAAUUAUCUAUCCUUGCACUAUUCAAAGCAGGAAUGCAGUGAAAUACUUCUCCAGGUUUUCUUGUAGCGUGUUGAAGCUUGUUUUGUAAAAAGCCUCUUGAAAGGUAUAGUUAAUAAAAAAUGCCAAACCAUAUUAAAUCUAACAUGAUUUAAUUCAUUUUCUUUGGAAAAGUUGCUUGAAGCUGUCAAUGGCAAGUCUGUCUAGAGACUUGAAGAAUUCACAGCUAAUUUACAGAGCAUAUGCAUGUAAAUAGUUCUCAUAAUAUUGGAAUACAAAAGAGCAGGAGAAACAAAAAGUACCAUUUCACACAAUGCAUAGUUAAACUGUCGAAUUUUCUCCCACAAGAGGUAGCAAUGGCCACCAACUUAGGUGACUUCAAAAGAGUUUUAGACAAAUUAAUGGAGAAUAAGGCUAUCAAUGGUUACUAGCCACAGUGACUAGGUUCUACCCCGCUAUUGUCAGAGGCAUUAAGUUUCCAAAUACUAAUUCCGGGGAGCUGGGGAGAGUUCUGUUGUGCUUAGUUCCUGCUUUUGGGAUUCCUAUAGGCAUCUGCUUUGCCACUGUGAGAACAGGAGGCUGGACUAGAUGGGUCAUUGAACUGAUUCAGCAGGCUCUUUUAUGUUUAUAGGUUUCAUCCCUUGCACUUACAAUUACAUGGUGCCUGGUUGAAGGUCCUGGGAAAUACCUCUCCCUGAGACUCAGUGAACAAUAGUAGUCCUAGUGAACAAUAGUAGACUUGAUAGUCUGACUGUUUAAACCAGCUUCAUGUAGUCAUUGCAUUCGACUCUUUUUCAUAGCCAUUUUUCUGUCACCUUCCCCACACACAGAACUGAGACUGUAAGCCAGUAAUAUCACAAUUGGCCUUCAGUUACAGACUAUUAAUGUUUCUUACUUGUUGCAGACCACUUUAUUUUUACUUAAGGAAAGCUAAUCCAUAGAGAUGAAACUGGAAACUGCUCCCCAUUGACUUUCAGUCUUUUGUGCUACAGGAACAAAAUAAUGGAAAACUCAAGAGUUCUAUAUUUGUAGGUUUAAGAUAGCCACAGGUCUUGUAAGCUGCUGGGUGUUUUUUUAGCAAUCUGAGUUUUUUUUCAAUCCGAGUGUUCAGGAAGUUAUGUCUAUUAUAGAUUUCUGGCCAGAAGAAUGCCUUACAAACAGUGACAAUUUAAUGUAAACAGUAAUGGACUAUGCAAAAUGUCUCUCAUUUGAAUCCCUCUUUUGAUAUUCCUGUUGUUGGUUAGAGCCUGUAAGUUUAUUGGUAGGAUUUUUUGGUCUGUCCUCUAGGGUCUAAUUUCAUUCCUAAAAGACUCUUACCACGACCUCCAAAUUGUGUGAUAAAAUUAUACAAAUUUACAAAUUAUACAACUAUUUACAAAAUAUACAACUAUAAAAUUAUACAAAUAGUUCAAAAAACCUUAUUUAUAAAAAUAUUUGUAAUCCACCCUUCCCCUGAAGGUUCCAGGGAUGUUUACAGAACAUGUAAACAUCAAAAUUAGAGUUGAAACAAUGUAGUACAAAGCUGAAUGCAAGAAUGAAAAUCUGCCAUCAAAUUGCAGAUCCAUAAAAGCAAAGUAGCAAUGACAAACAGGUGCUCAUGUUUUCCAAGUUAUACCUCCCCAAAAAUCUGGGCAAAAAAGUUUGGCUUCACCUGCCAAUGAAAUGCGGUACAAUUACAGUAGGUUGAAAGCAGCAUAAGUUUGGACAUUAUCCUUACACUUGUUCCAGAACAUUACAAAAAAAACCUUUUAAAAUAAACCUGUUAGACUAGUUUAUAUGUAUUCUUUUAUAAGUUAGUUAGUUUAAUCAUAGUUACUUUGGACCAUUUUUUCUCAAUCCAUUCAGAUAUUGUAGGAUAUACACUUUACCUCCAAUUUUUAGCUAUUUUAGUCUUAGCGAUAGUUAUAAAAUUGAACACUAUGUUUAAAUCAUUUUCUGGAAUAACAUCUUUUAAAUAACGAAGCAGAAAUAUUUAAGGCUCCAAGGGUAUAUGAUAGCCUAACAUAUCAGAUAUUAGCCUGAACAGAUUUCAACAAUAAUUUUAUCUGAACAAUUCCAAAGGGUACGUAUUUAAUCCACUUUCUAUUAUCCACAUUUUCAACAUCUAUCCAAUACUAACUUAUAUAUUAAAUUCAAUUUAUAAGGUGUUGAUCAAACCAUUGAUCAAUGGUUUUAAAAUAGUUCUCCUUUAGGUCUGCUGAAAUUAUAUUAGAUAAUAAGUUGUCCCAAAUCCAUUGUUUCCUUGUUAUUCUUUGAAUCUCACACCCAUUUUCUCAUAUAUGUAUCCUGGUUAUGAUCCAAGUUUAACCAAAGGUCAUAGAAUCUUGCAGUUAUGCCUUUAUCCAGAUGAGAGAUAAAUAGAAUUUCUCAUUUGUCCUCUUUCCUUACUAUUCCACAUUUUUGUAUCUGAGAGGAACCUCCUGAUAAAACUUAAUUUUUGCACUUCUCCAGGAUUGUGAAAGAAUGGGGAUUGUGGAGACUAACAAGGUAGGACUCAGCAAUACAAGCAGCAGCUCUGUAACUUAAAACUGAACAGGGACAUAGCAGUGUUUGAAUAUAAAGUAUUUCUCAGUGUUUGCAUUGUUACUGAAGAUAUAUUAGCAUGACCAUCAUUCUUGUUUCUCUUAAGCCACAUAAAUAAAAGGACAACAUACCUUGACCCAAGACUAGCAUUUACUGUAGAAGAUAAUCCAAUGAAACCCAAUGCCAAGCAGAAGUAUGAUGGAAACACGACUGCAAUGGAAAUCCUUCAGGGUCGUGAUAUGAGUGGAAAAGUGGUCAUAGUCACUGGAGCAAAUUCAGGAAUAGGUAGGUCAAUAUUGCAUUCAGUUUUGUGGCAAGCUGUAUUGGUGAAUUUGCAUGUGUUACAUGCAUGUGGAUACUACCUCAGUGGUCUUCAUAACUGAUUUUCAAAAUACUAGGUUGAUCAGUGCUAUAUGUGGUAUAUUUCUGUAUAAAAGGACCAACAUUCCAAACUUAAAUUUAUUUAAUCGGAUGCAAGUCCCAAUAACUACUUAUUUCCAUGUAAAGGUUCAUUUGCGCAGAAACUUGUCCCAGUUCUGAUUUGUCCUUUAGCAUCAAAUCUAAAAGUACAGUCUGUCAUCAAAGGAAGGUAAGAGAUGACUCAGGAAAACUGCAUGCCAAGUGAUGAUGUGUUAUUACACAAUUGUCUGGUUUGGCUACCUCACAAGGAACGUUCUAGAUAAUUAGAGUUUUUGGUCAUAGUUAAAUUCUUGGCAGAUAUUGUUCUGGAUAGCUUUGCUACCAGGUACUUCUCAUUGCUCGGUCCCUGCUCCUGCCAACCUAGCAGUUUGAAAGCACGUCAGAGUGCAAGUAGAUAAAUAGGUAACGCUCCAACGGGAAGGUUAACAGCAUUUCUGUGUGCUGCUCUGGUUCGCCAAAAGCGGCUUAGUCAUGCUGGCCACAUGACCCGAAAGCUGUACACCCGCUCCCUCGGCUAGUAAAGCAAGAUGAGCGUCGCAACCCCAGAGUCUUCCGCGACUGGACCUAACGGUCAGGGGUCCCUUUACCUUUCUUCUUUUAAUAUUGAGCCCAAAACAGGAGCUCAUUAUACCAACGAAGCAAAUAACUGCUAAAUAAAAAAGAGUUCAUGUACAUAUGUGCCAGUGAGUAAUGUGACUUAUUAUUUCCCAUUGUGAUUUGAACACUGUAUUUUCAAAAAAGAUAAUAGGUGUAAGCUGUUGCAUCAAACUAUGGGGUUCUAAAUUUAACUAGGAAAAAAAGCAGUCUUGCAGUUUGAAAAUUCAAAGCCUACCUAAGGAGGUGGGGGAGAAUAUAUUUGGCAGUUAACUGUUUUCUAGUUCCUUUAAACUUCAUAGAGUGAGGAAAUGUAUAAUAUGAUGACAAACAUAAGAGGCUUUUCCUUUGAGUACACCACCUUUUCAAAACGAAAUUUUAAAAAUAUUCAUUGUUGGGUUCUACUUACUUGCUAUUGAAGGUCUUGUCAGCUUGGUUUUCUGCAUUAUUGUGGAACACAAAAAAUAUUAGCUGACAGUUUAUAAACACUUGUUGUAAUUAGCAAUUACCAUCCCUUCACCUGUAUUUCCAGUAAAGGAAGUGAAAAUUAGUGAUGGGUUUCGAAAAUUUACUGCUUCCAAGUUUUAUUAAAAAUAUAGUGCAGGGUCUUUCUAUGUCUCGUUCAGGGAAGUCUGUUUCUAUCAAGUGGCAAGGUUUUGUGUUUGUAUUUUGUUCAGUCUAUGGAGAGUAAUAUAUUUUGCUCAUAGCUUUAACAUUUCCAGUGUGGUGUAAAGCAGAAACAUAGGAUAAAAAUGUUUUAAAAUAAUACACAUUUGGCAGCCAUAUGCUGUGCUCCUACCUUACUUGUGAGUUAGCAGUUAACAGUCUUGAUUUUUUUCCCCACUAGAGGGCUCUAUUGCUCUUCUGAAAAAAAUGAAGCAAAAAGAAAGAUAAAAAAGAGCAACAUAUCAAAGUGCUUUAAAGUUUACCAAAACAAAUAUUAGUUUUGUCUUGGGCUUUUUAUAUAUCAAUUGCUGGUGCUAAAGUUCAAAUGUGGAAGACUAGGUGAACUAAUUUCUGCAAGUAGUUGACUUCAACUUCAUUGGCAAAUGUAUCUGACAAAACUAAGCACAGUAGUUCGUAGUAUCCCAGAAUUUUUAACUUAAGAUAAAGAUAAAUGUGGAUAUCAAAACACUAGCCUUUGUCUUUUAAGGCUUAUAUAAAGCUUUCUUUAUGUCCUUGAAAUCCUGUGUAGUCUAGCUUUCUGUAUGCAGUACUCACUUGGAUCUAAUCUCUUGUAGGCAGUGCAAGAAUUCUGCAACACGAUGCAAGAACACUUGUGAUGCUGCUGAAAUUCUUUAAAGGAACACUUUUUCUCUAGGGGCAUAGGCAAAGCUCCCUAAAUUCUUCUAUUACAAACUGUAACGUACUUAAACUCUUUUGAGGAAAAGCAGUAUUGUAUCUGCUACUGUACAAUAGUAGAUUUGGUGAUGAUCGGCAUACGCAUGCAUGCCACGAGUCUCCUUCAACAAACCUUUUGCCUUUGAAUGUCAAAGUAAUUGGAAAACUGUUUGAGUGUGUGUUGAUGCCUGGCCCCUGAGUUUAUGUGUACAUGGGAGAUUAAAGAGAGAUGGAAACUAAACAAUUCAGCAAGUCGCAUCUUGUCAGUUUCAGUUGCACCACUCUGAGAGGAAAUAUAUACACCAUGGCCAGGAUGCAAAAAACAACACAAUUAGAUCUGUACACUCAAGGGGGAGCUUUUUAUUUCCCAUUCUCAAACAUUAGCCCUAUAUUGCUUGUGUCAAGCAGUUCUCAAAAACUGAAAAAAGUUACAAAAGCACUUUGUGGUUGGGGGGUCUGAUCUUUCAAGAAGAAAAAGUCAACUUGUACUUAUCACAGACAAGCCCUUGAAUUACUUUUUGCCCACAACCCAGCGUCUCUGCACCUGUCUUCUAUGAUAUUUGUACAGUGGUACCUCUGGAUACGAACAGGAUCCGUUCCAGAGCCCCGUUCACAUCCUGAAGCGAACGCAACCCGCGUCUGCGGGUCGCAAUUCGCAUACGCGUGACGUCAUUUUUACCGUCAUGCACGAGCGGCGAAACCUGGAAGUAAUGCAUUCCAUUACUUCCGGGUCACCGCGGAGCGCAACCCGAAAGUGGUCAACCUGAAGCAACUUCAACUGAGGUAUGACUGUACAUGUUAGUAACUAUUUUGUGUUGCUCCCUUGUCUUUGAGUCCUGCAUAGUUAUUUGAUCUUGCAUUGUUUUGCAUUUGUCUCUGCCUGAGACAUGAUGAAAUUGAUACUUGAUAUCACAAUUGGCCCCUCGAAAAGUAGCUGCCAAUAACACUUUUGUGCUCUAUAGUGCCAUCCCUUUUGUUUUAGCUGCUUUCCAAAACCUGACUAAGUGAUGAUAAGAGAUGCAGUUUUUAAAUAGUUUUGCAAACGUCCUUACCUUGGUCUCCUUGUUUUGUUUGCCCUUGUGGGCUGAAGACUUUUUUUUGUAAUGUCUGAUGCUUGAAAUGGAAAAGCAAACUAAUGGCAUGUGAGCUUUGCAAAACUAUCUUUGUGUAACAUUUGUGUUAAAUUUCUUUUAGGCUUGUCAAAAGUAGACAAAUGCAAAGAGAAAAUGAAUUGGAAUGCAGUCAUUGGAACCAUAGUGGCAGAUGUGAUCAAAUAUAUUUGGAUUAAGGGAAAACUGUAAAACCAUAGUGUUGGGGAAAGCUAUCAAAAUUGUUAGAUUGAAUUAUGAAUAUUGUUUUUCCUCUAUGCAGAACUUUUGAAUAGUUUCUGUUGUCAGAUCUUAAAACUAGGGGAGAGCUAAUAUGAACAGGAACUUGAUUAAGGUGAAAAAAAAUUCUUUAAAAUGUUAGCAGAGGAUAGCCUAAACGUCCUUGGACUAUGGAAGUGUUUUUUUAGAUGGUGAUGAAGAGUUCAGUAAUACCCUACUUCCUGCAGAUCAUAUAGUAGGAUACUUUCUUUAGUAUAUUUUCAGUUGAAAAUAAUCAUCUUGCUGUUAUCUUGCUGUUGGCUCAAAAUCCCACACCUGCACAUUAAUGAGAAAGUAGAGUUUCAUUAGAAUCCUGAUUAUCUAAAUUUGCUUGAAAGUUCUCUUAAAUCUCCCAAGCACAGAUGCCAGACAUUGCUUGUUUUUGUUUUUUCCAAGACAUGGCUUUUGGGAGUUUUCUGUGAAAUCUACAGCUCUUGGGAACCUUGGCCUUUAUUUUUAAAAAUAAGCAAAGUGAAAACCUAGUCCUUGUAAUGGUGGAGAUGCAUUUUUAAUAUGUUAUUUUUGUGGGUGGGGAGUGAAGCAGUCCUUAUCACUGUCCAUCCUUAAUGGAAUUUCUUCAAUGCCUGCCUAGCAGAAAACUGUACAGUGGAGGAAAGUUUCAUGGAACUUACUAGCAUUUAGUGUCACGUAGAGAACAGAAAAAAUGCUCAAGGUUUGUUAUCUUACUCCCCAAAAGUGUGCUGCAAGCAUUCUACACUGUUGCAGGAAGAAUCUCACAAUCAAGUAUACCUGCAGUUUUGUUUUUGUUCUUUUGAUGGGGUUUAAGUUCCAAUGAUCUCCUAGUAUGUAUAUUAGCGUUGCCAUCUUUUCUGGUGCUUACUUUUACAUUAGGUACCAUUCUCUCUAUGUUCUAAAUUAUGGAGUUAAACUCUUAAUAAUAAUGGUUUUGUUGAAAUCUAGUCAUUUCCACUGAGGUAUUUCUAGAAAUGGUAUCUGUUCCUUGUAUUGCCUUAUGCCUGCUUUGAUAAAUCUAUUACUUGGGUAAUGAGCAGUAUACAUGGAUGGUUAGUCAAGUUAUUGAACUCUAUCAACUUUGGCUGAAAUUCACAAUGCAAGACAAACUUGUAAUACGUAAGAUUACAUUGAGGCCAAAAGGUUCAAUAAUUACACUUGUAAUGAAAUCUCUUUGGUAUAUCACUUGUUAACAUUAUUUAUCUUUCAUUACAGAACAACUCUGUGCACUACCUAACUCUGUAAGUUGGAGUCACAUGAAGGCUUAUUUAAGGAAUGUAACAGCUCCCCCCCUUUUGCCCUGUCACAGCUUCCCCUGUAAGCCCUUGUGGCAGUUUUGGUUCGUAGCUGGAUUAAAGCUCAGUUCUUGUGAACAAGCUGUCAUUGCUGCUUUUAUAUCUCCCUUUCAAUUUUCCCAUAAGCCUUUUGGGAGCAUUGUUUACUUUUGACACUUCAAGAAUAUCUAAUGGUUAGGGCUGCGACAUCUAGCUGGCUAAUAUUAGGUUAGGCUAACUGCUUAUAAACCUUCUGAUCAAUUUGAAAAGUGUGCUGUUCAUGGACUGGGCAUCAUAAUUUGUUGUUGUUUUUUAAGUUUAAUGUAAGUCCUUAAUGAAAAUUACAGGUGAAAGGUGCUAUCUCAGAAAGAAGGAAUGCCUUUUCUAAGAUAAUGUAUGUUGUGAUGUUCCUGCAGUUCCACCUAGUUUGACUUUCUAAAUGGAAGACUUAAAUUAAUGACUUACUUGGGUGGAUGUAGGGAGGCAGAAUGGGAAAUAGAAAGUGUUUUGUUUUCAACACAUCUUUCAGACUUGAAGCCCUUCUAGUCUAUAUCAGGUAAUGUUGCUUUUUAGGGGCUUUAGAAACCUAUUAAAGUCUGCCUUGGGCAAACAUAAUGUGGAUUAAUGGUUGCAGUAGUUGGCUGGGAUGCUGCAUAUAAUCUGUUUAGAGUUUGAUAAUAUUUGUUUUGGUGCUACAUAGACUCAUAAAAUUGUAGAUUUGGGGUCAAGGGUCAUCUAGUCCAACCCCCUGCAAUACAGGAAUCUUUUGCCUAACAUGGGGCUCAAACUGACAACACUGAGAUUAGCAAUCUCAUGCUCUACUGACUCUAUUCUAGCAGUCUAUAGUAGCAAAGCAAACUGUUAUCCUCCCCCUGCCCCUCCCCCAAAUCAGAAUAAUUGCAAGACUUUAUCCACACUUUACCGGGAGAAGUAAGAACUGUUAUAUCCAUAAACAAAAGAGAAACCUAAGGCAUCCUUCUAAACUACUAGUACCAAUCUAAGAGCUGCCAUUUAGGUGGUGGCAUCAUGACAUUGUUGUUGUCCUUGUAUUUCUGAAAAAUUCCAUAUAUUCCUAGCAUUUGUCAUGACCCUGGUUUUGCAUGGAAUUUGAAGGAGGGAAUAAUACACUGCGUUGGGACUGUGACCCUUUAGGGGCAUCCUGUGUUAUGUAUAGAACUGCAUUCGCAGAGUUUCUUGGAAGAAGCAGACAAAAGGAUUGAAGGCUAUAGAGUAGAUGAGCCUUUGCAUUUAUCUUCUUGCUCCUAAAAAAAAUCUGUGAGCUUGUUUGGGUGAUACUUGUAUGUUUGUUGGGGGGGGGGCGGGCUAUUGUCUUUUGUUAAUCAAUUCCUAAUGUCCAUUUGAUCCCUCUGUGUGUAAAUAGAAGAAUAAAUAGAGAAUGAUCUAAGGAAACUGUCGUUGGUUCCAUUUGUGUCUAGAAGUCACACUUGUUUUCCCAACUCAAAGAAAAUGUGUUGGUUUAAUGCUUGAAAAGAUCCAGCACACUUUAGCUGACAAAACAGUCUUCUAAUUUCAUCUGAGAUGAAAUAUGCCUUUUUAAUUUUAUGAAACUGCUUGUAUUAAUAUUGCACUGUUGUACUUGCCAAAAGGAGAUUUAAAACAUGCAACUAAUUUUGUUUUUCCUUAAUGCUUAAUUAGUACUCUGUUCUGCAGUAGCUUGCUCACAGAGGAGCUGCACAGUAAUUUUCACAUCUGAAGAAGAAGCUGUUGAGUAGCAAGUACCCCCUCCUGCUCUAUUUUGCUGUGGGCAUGAAAACCUACCUUCUCUUAAACUUCAUUCUCACAAAGGCACUCUUUCCCUGGAAGAUAAACUUGCUUUGUCUUCUGAAAAAAAAUGGAAAAAGAAUUAAUAGGUAGAGCAAUUGUGAAAUACAAAGCUGUGGGUUGUAGAUUGUCACAAGAAACAAAUCUGCUGGGUAGGUAGUGAAAAAGAGAAGGGGGUCUUGCUAACUGAAAUGAAGUAAAAUUCCAGGAAUUUGGUUUAAUGCAGGCUAAUCUGAUGGCAUGUAGCUGAAGACCGAGAUUUCCAGUUGAAGAGAAGGCAGUGAGACAUCUGUCCUGAAGUAUAUGAAAUUCUUAAAGGCUGAUGCUGCUAUUUGCGAUGUACCAGAUUGAAAGAAGUUGUCUUACAGAGAUAUCCAUAAAACUGAGCUUUCAUUAGAAGUCUGUGUUGUUUUUGUUCACUAAUAUUGGCAGGGAUUCAAAUAAGUGGUUCAGCUGAAGGCUCAAGCAUGUCCAGUGUAAUUUUUAAUGUGCUCUUUAUUUCUCUCUCUCUCUCUCUCUCUCUCUCUCUCUCUCUCUAGCAGAACCUCAUACAAUGUCACAAAAUAAAGUUGAAAAACCACUCACUUGAAAAAGAGGGUUACAGUGUGGCAUGAUAUUCAAGAAAUAGAUGUUCAAAGUUCUCUUGGAUACAUGAAAUUAUUUUUGUGGGAUGCAGGUCAUUAUGUUUAACCAAAGCAAAGACAAAGUAGUAGGUGAUUGUCCUUUAAGCUCAGCAGGGAAAUGCUGGCAUAGUAGAAACCACAACUUACCUUUAUCAAUAUAUGCAACUAAAUAAACUGAAUAUUUUAACUGAUGACUCAAUUUUUUUGUGCCAUCUUCUGGAGGCAGGUCAUUUUUUCCAUUAUAUUGAUACCACAGAGGAAAAGGACAGAUUUUGCCUCAAAAGAGUGGCUGUAAAGCAAACAGUUACAUUAUGAAUAUACCAAGUAUAGUUCCCUAAAUACAGAUUUCUGCUAAUGAGACUAGUUUCAUUUGUGGGUUGCCAAGCUGUGUUUCCUCUUAAGCAUGCACUUCCAAAAAGUGUUUGGAACUGUAAAGUAGAAGCCUGUAAAAAGUGACAAUAAAGGGCUGUUUUACUGAAUUGAUGUGGUAGCCACUCACAUGCAGGUCAGCUGCCUGCUUGAUAGAGAGAGGAGCAUGAGGGCAACUGGAAUGAGUCUGUGUCUCCUUUCCUACAUCAUAGUGUACUGCUACUGUGAAAGCUUUACCUCACUUCAAUAUGGAAGGUGCUGUGACUGUUCACCUUUAGCAGAGCAUAUUGUGAAAGGAUGGCUGACUUGGCACUAUGCUUAGGAUUGGAGCUAAAACUAGUUUUUAGAAGUAUAGAUUAAAUCUGUAUUAUGCUGGCUUCAAUGUAAUUUAACUACUAAAUACAGUGUAUACCUAUUUCACCUUUUCACUAAAAUACUCACGUUUGUGUACACAAUAAUAAAAACGUUUGAAAUGCAAACUAAUAUGCAGAAUGGUAGCAAAUAAAGUAGUUCAAAACAACUACGGUGGGAAGUUAAAACUAACAACUUGGCAGUUCAAAUGUCUUCUUAAAGAAAUAGUGAAAGGUCAUAACAAAGUAUCUGAGUGAGGACACUCGCUAGGUAGGCAGUGCCAGAGAAUAAGCUUAGCCACAGAAAGAAAAAAUCCUCUCACACAUCUUGUCUAAAUGUGAUUUGGACGUUAGUGGGUAUUUGAUCUGCUUCAUUUUUUAUUUAUUUUUGUCUGUUUGUUUGAAUAGGCUGUUACUACAAUUGGAUUAAACAUUUGCUUCUACUCCCCUAUUUGUGUACAUCAACAUAUUACUUUGCCUUUUUGAAGCUAGUUAACAAAUUUUAACAUAUAUCAUAUGGCUCUUAUUUUAAUGGGUGGGAUGGAAGUUAGAAUUGAUAAAUUAGGCAAUAUAUUUUGUUUGCAUUCUGUAUAUUUAUUCCCUUAAACCAUAUAAGAUGCACAUGUUAGAUUCCCUUAGAUGCACAUUCCGGCAAAGUGCGUCUUAAAUUUUUCAUCAAAUGUUAAAGUACACUGAAAGUACAUGAUUAGCAAAAUGAAGACUUAAAUAGGUAAUUAAUAAUUGCAACAUUUCCUUAAUACUGUUAUUGAAAAUGGCACUUUGCUAUUCAUGCUCAUCCAAACCUUCUGAAACCUUCGCUUAAAUUUUGUAUUUCAUGUGCUAUAGAGCAACAGACCUCUGUUUACUGUGGUACAUAUUCAACAGGGAACACCAAUUACUUCUAUAUGAACACACCUGUCAGAUUUUCAUAUUUUAUAAAUAGGUAAGCUUGAUUCAGAGUACAGUGGUACCUUGGGUUACAUACGCUUCAGGUUACAGACUCCGCUAACCCAGAAAUAAUACCUUGGUUAUUAUAACUUUGCUUCAGGAUGAGAACAGAAAUCGUGCAGCGGUGGCGCGGCAGCAGCGGGAGGCCCCAUUGGCUAAAGUGGUGCUUCAGGUUAAGAACAGUUUCAAGUUAAGAAGGGACCUCCGGAACGAAUUAAGUAUGUAACCAGAGGUCCCACUGUAGACUGAUUGAAAUUAAUGGAUCUGUUAGGCAUGUCCAUUAAUUUAAAUGGGCUUACUUUGCAUAUUAACUUUGGAUACAACCAUUGGGAUAGUGUCCAACUAUGUCUUUCAUAGAUGGAGGACUUGAUAUUACUCCUGAUGGAAACUGAUAGGAAGCAAAAGAAACUAGGCCUCUGUAGAUAAGGUACAAAAGCACUAGGAAGGUAAAAUGGGAGCCCCUAAGUAGACUUUCUGUUACCAGUUACUGAGCUAGUUCAGGUAUUGUUAACAAGUAAGAAAACUCAAGCUGGAAGGGCCUCAGGUGUAUUCCUUGGGCCCAAACAACUUAGUUGAUGAAUACAUUGGUUCCCGAAUGCCGCAAAACCAGAAGUGUGUGUUCCGGUUUACAAAAAAAAUUCAGAAGCCAAACAUCUGACGUGGUUUCCGAUGGAGUGCAGGGAGCUCUCAGCCAUUCGGAAGCUGUGCCUUGUUUUUUGAACGGUUUCGGGAGUUGAAAGGACUCCCGAAAUGGAUUAAGUUUGAGAACUAAGGUACCACUGUAUGCUGGUCAGUGGGUAGGUUUGAUUAUUACAAAGUAUUUUUCUGUUUUAUACUGCCUUGGUGCUGUAGAAAAAGAAGCAGAAACGGGAAGCUUUAAUAAAUUAAGAAAACAUUUUGUUCUGCAUAGAGCUUUUAAUGUUUAAACUUUCACAUGAAAUGUUAUAAAAUGUUAAGGGUUCAGUAGGGAUGAGGGAACAACAAAAAAAAGCCUGAGUAUUGGAUUUGAGGCUUUAAAAAGUUUUGUAAGGCUUGUAUUCCAUCAUGCUUGUAUUCUUACUGCUGUUAAAAAUAGGAUUGUCACUAGAGGGUCAGAUAAGAGUUUUUUCAACCGGAGACUAGUUGGGUCAGUCCUGUCUCAUGAGAUUUUUAGGGUGGUCGUUUUAGAAUUUAUAACACACUGAAUGUUAUACUGAACAUUAUUGCCCCAACCUGAAUUUGCAUGGCCAUUUUAAAGUCAGACUUGUACUUUGUACAGUUCUCUCCUGCGUCUCCAUAUUCUACUUUUAUUUAUGUAUUUAUUUACGUAAUAGUUAAACAGAAAUCCAGCUAGUGCAGGGCAUUAUUGCAAAAAAAUUUCAUUUCCGGCUACCAGCACCAUAUAGGUGAAGUUAUAUGCAUAUGGAAAUUUGCAAAACUUCUGGGAGAUGCACACUUUCAAACAGCACAGGAGAAGGGCCACAAUCAGUAGCAGAUCACAUGCUUUGCACUCAAAGGAUCCUAGGUAUAAUUCCUGGCAUCUCCAGGUAGCUAUGGGAAAGACAGAAAAUAAUUGUGUUCUGAGCUGGAUGGAUCAGUAGACUAACUCGGUAUAAGUCAGCUUUACAUAUUUGUUUUCCUGUUACACAGUUACCCUCUCCUACAUAGCAUAUAAUAUCUGGGAAUUUUACAGAGAAAUGAACAGCUACAAUUGUCAUCUGAGACCCUUCUCUGAGUCUCUUCUGAGACCCUUCUUUGUGUGCCUCCUCUGUGAGAAGUCCAGAAGGAGGCAACAUGAAAAUGGGCCUUUUCUGUGGUGGCUCCCUGCUUGUGGAAUGCGCUCCCCAGGAAGGCUCAUUACAUUGCCUUCAUUGCAUACCUUUAGGCAACAGGCAAAAACAUUUCUCCCAGGCCUUUGGCUAAUUAAAGCAUCUAUAGCCUUUUAGACUGGGUGUUUGGAGAUUACUGAGGGUUUAUUUCUUACUAUGGUAUGCAUUUUUGUGUUUCUAUAUUGUAAGCCACCCUCUGAUCCUUGGAUGAAGGGCAGUAUAGAAAUUUAAUAUAUAUAAAUAAAACAACUCUGAGAUUUGUAUCUCCUGCUCCUAUCCUGAUUUACACACAAAGGCCUAAAAUACCAUCUUUUCAUUUUAACCUAGUUCUGUUAUUUUAAGAGACUUACCGGUACCUGAAAACUUUUUGGGUGGUGGUUAGAUCUGCUCCUGGAUAAAAAAUCUUUCUUCCAACACUUGUUUGCUGUCAGAUAUCAUUCAGUUUAUAUAUCUAUUUAGUUGGACUAGUAAUAAAUUGUGAGGAGUUGGUAUUACAGUAUAAAACUAAUUUUAAAACCAAUACAAAUACAAUUCAAUAUCAAUGCUUAUUUUUACUGAAACAGUAAACUGCAUGACUGGCUAAUAAUGUUUGCAAUUUUUAAGUUUCCUUGCUACAUUUGCCUAGAAUGGAAUUAGAAAGGUUGCAUGUGUUGAAACUGGAUUCAUCUGUGUGCAAUGAAUUGCCCAGAUAAUUAAAGUUGCUCGGUACAAUGAAUGGCUUUAAAAAGGCAAGCAGGAAAAUUGCUAAGAUUUAAAUACUGUAAGCAUGUAAUUGCGGAGAAUGGUAUAACUUUAUGUGGUGUCUGUUGAUUCUAUAAUCUAAGUUAUACCCUGUGUUGUAAACUAAAUUUCUCUUGCCCCAGGGUGUUUCUAGAAGUGAAGCAGCCUGUGUUUAAUAGCUUUUUUCCCUGAGUAAACAACGUUUAAAUGGAUGCUGCAGCAUGUUUAAAAUAAAAGUGGAACAAAUAGUUACCUUGUUCUGUCAAUUUCUUGGUAUUGAUAUACUUAUAUUAUUGUCCUAUUAAGUAUUCAUGUGCUAAUUCAAGUGUUUACAGUUGGAAGUCAUUAAGCUGUAGUACCAUGAGAACUUGGUAGGAAAUUUUCUAUUUGAUCUAUCAAAAACAUGCACCAAAACUACCUAAUAAUUCUUGCUGCUAUAUUUCCUACCAGUUGUCACAGGUGGAAAAGUUGGCUAUGGGCAUUGAUAAUGUAUUGUGAAAUAACAGGAAGGAAUUUAGCAAAACAAUUGGGCUCUGCUCUUUGUGUUCUUCCUUUCUUGAAUCCUACUGCUAUAUCUGAGGGCCAAACUAGACAAUUUUUAAAUCAGUGAAGGGGUUAGCCCCCUUCCUCCUCUGAGUCAGUCCUGAUGAACAUACCCUCCUCCACCAACCUGAAGCUACUGUUAGCCCUGGAGUAUUAUUUAAUUAACGAUUUUGAGUCUAUGUUUUGCAGAGUUGUUGUUUGCUAUGCAUUUGGAUGCCUCUUAAGAUGUCAUAACCAAAUGCUGCCAUGGUGGUUCCUGAGAUCAAGGAGCAGGUUUUUGUCUAUAUUCGGAUACAGUUCAAGAUGGGAGAUUAAACAUAUCAAAACUGCACUAUAUUUUGGUUUAUUAGAAUUCCUCAGCCACACUUGGAAUAGUGCUGCUAGUAUUAAGUAACUUGAAGUUAUUAAGGUGUAUAUCAUGGCUAGAUUGUGUUUGAGUGGGGAAGUCUGAUGCUGUGUAUGGAACAUUCUUCGGAGCUCUCAGAUUUCUUUGGGACAUCUUUUGUGAGUUGCUAUCCCAUGAAACUUAGAAAAUUCCUGGAUCGAUCUUAGGAGAGCCUCAGAGAGCUUGCUCGUUUUCACUACAUACUGCAUUUAGAUUUGUUUCGCCUGAGUGCACACUGGAGACCUGCCUUGGUAAUAUGGUUUAUUUACAAAUAUACAAGCAGAAUGCAACUUGGGUGCCUUGGAAGAAAGGCUCUGUGAUACCUCCAUUUGAAAUAAAAUGUAUUUAUUAAUGAAAAGCCUUUUUAUCCCACUCUUCAGCCAUGCCAAAUCUGGUGAAGGACCACCAGUGGGGCAACAAUAUCUUCAGGGACGUGGUCCACAUCAGCAUAUUUUGGACCUGUAACAUCAAAAAACGGGUUGCCAUGACAAAGUCACAUUUCAGUCUGCCAUCAAGAUUCAAAAUGGUGCCUGGCACCCAAACUUCAACAAAGACUGCCAGCCCCACCUUGAAAACCUUCAUACCAAGUUUGGCAACUGUGUUUUGAGAGGAGGCCAAACCUAUAGAGGACGAAAAGACAGACAGACAGACAGACAAUCCACUUUCCAAAAUACAUGGUGGAUGAUAUGAUAGGAAUUUGAUUUUUCCUAUUGAAAAAGGGGCAAAUAUGCAAAUCUUUUCAAUGUCAGAAUACUCUAAUUUCAAGUUGUACUGUCAAAUUCCGACUGCCAAUGUACCUCGAAGUUAGUUUUACAAUUGUAUCAGUCACUUUUAUGUUAGCCUAGUUUUAACAUUAAAAAGCUCAGAUCUUCAGCGUUUUUCCCCAUGCCUCUAUUUCCCUUCUGUAUAAGAACCCAUUUACCAUUUGGGACCACCCAUAAACAAGGGGCUGAAGGGAGCACCCAAGGGUAAAAUGGCCAAUACAACACCAUGAGAACUGAGCAUUUUAGUGAGUAUUCCCAGUGAGCACCAAUUGUCACACCGUAACAUUUUUAUUCAGGGACCAAGGGUGUUGUCACUUUGUUAAUCCAAUUUCUCUGUUCUUAAUUGAGUUUCCUUUUUUAAAAUACAAUUGUAAUUGCAUUUUAAUGUGUGUGUAUUAUGUAAGCCACACUGAGGGCCCCUAGAGUGGAGUAGGAAUCAUAAUAACAAAUCAUAUGAGCAUGACUCCAAGUCACUCCCCUGGGAUACGUAACAAUUCUUUCUAGCAAGUUAUUUCUUGAAUCCACUUCUCAAGUCCCUCUGCAAUGCAUUUGGGUGGAUGGUUGACUGUUAAAUGAUAUCAGGUAGAGAAAAGACUCACUUAAGUUCCACGUAUGCUUGGUACUGACAUGGUAAAGAAGUGAUUUGAAUAGAGUCAAAGUGAACAUUUUUCUCACCUUCAUUUCAGGCCAUUUGAGUAAUUUGAGUAUGCCUUCUUCUAUAUUAAUUUUAUGUAUACUGAGGCUCUGCUCCUGUAGGUUAGGUGUGCCGCUAUGAAUGUUAGUUCAUUUCUCUUGUGCCGCGUCAACUGUGCCAACAUUCACUCCUUGCACCAAGUUUGAUUACACUUAGAUUGUUGCUAAAAUCUCUAAAUUUCCUAAAAACUUUGUUUUUUUAAGAAUUGUUUUUAUUUUAAAUUAUUUUGCACUAGGCAGAAAAAAAUACAUACCAGUAAUUAAAAACAAUACUUAAAGCAUAAUGAUACAUAUUAAAACUACAAUUAAAAAUCACAAGCAAAGGGGGGGGAUCAAAGUAGAGAAUAUCAGCAUUUAAAAAUCAGAUUCACAAAACUAUGCCUAAAAACGGCUUAUAAAAGAUAAUAGACUUGGCUGCUGGCCAAAUGUAAUGUUGCUCUUUUGAAUAUAUACCUCUAUUUCAAUUUGGUUUUAUUUUAAUUCUUUUAUUGGUUUUCAGUUUUUGAACUUUAAUGGGAAAGUAUGGUAAAAACCUUUUGACUCAAUAAUCAAUAUAUUGUAGUAUGCAGAUAGAAUCCAGAUAUUUCCAGUCUCUUGGUUGUUAGUUAAUACCUGCUGCUUAGCUUUAAAUUCGGAUUCUUUAUGUUCUCAAUAUGUGUUUUGUUGUAGGCUUUGAAACAGCCAAGUCCUUUGCGCUACAUGGUGCACAUGUCAUCCUUGCCUGCCGAAAUACGUUAAGAGCUAAUGACGCUGUCCAACGCAUCAUGGAAGAAUGGGUAAGAGAAGGUGUUUCUUGGCACCAAUAAGUAUUGUAGAAAGGUCAAAAGCUCUUGAAAAGAAAGUGUUCAAAAGAGUGGGAGGGUUGUAUCAAAGGAAAGAUUUCUUGCAACCGUAGCCAUCAUUAAUACUAGCAAUAGGUUGUUGCUCUUAACCCUGGGUAAAAUUCCAAAUGUAUUUUGAUACCAGGUUUUAUCUAUCUGACUUGCACCCUAACACUGAAGAUUGGCUUGGGAGGCACUGGUAAGGGGUGGGGUUGAAACUACCUGAACUAUUCUCUUUUUCGUCAUUGCUUGAUUAGAUGAGAGAGAGAUUUUUGGUUGUAGAGCCUGUGGAAUGCUCUCUGGACCAAGGGCUACCUGGUGCUGACACUGGCAUCUUUUGACACCAGGUUAAGACUUGUGCUUUCCACCUGGGCAUUUGAUGGAAUUUGAGCCAGCUGAGUCAAGGCUUUAUGCUAGUGCUUCUCUGGGUUGCUGAUUAGUGUUCCUCUGCCCAAUGGAAAGCUGGUGUUUUAUGUAUUGAUUGGAAGGUUUAAAAUUAUGGUGGUUGUUAACCAUUUUGUAUGUUUUUAAAAUGGAUAGUAAGUCACCCUGAAACUGUUUUGUGUUGUAUGACUAUCUAAUAAAAUAAAUAAAUAAUACUGCGAGCAGGGAAAAUGAUGUAUGCCAUUGUUUAUUGGUGUGUAUGGUACUUUGCAGUGUAGCAAGGUCCCUGUUCUAAGAAGCAUGCAUUUUAAAUUUUGACGUGGGGGGGGGGGAAGGAAGGUGGAAGAGGAGGAAGAAUACACAGUCAUUACCUGUUGUGUUUUUGUGUGAAACUUCUGCAAUUUUUACAGAGACAUGUAAAUGAUGAAAAUAUUGCAGCUGUCAAUAAAGAUACACACCAUAUUUGGAACUAAAUAAUGACCGCUCCUCACAUCAAAUGGGGGCGCCCCCGGAUCCCAGUGCGACUCCUGGUAGUUUGGGCUGGCUUCAUCCUCCCCAGGCUGGAUACCUGGGGGUCUCCACCUACCUCAGCCAGUCGCCCAAUCCUGCUUGGGGAGGCGUUGCCAGGGGAAUGGCCAGGUAAGGGGAGGGACCGUCCUGCCCACACAACAGAAGGUGAAUCUUACCUGCGAAGCGGCAUUCGGCUCCAGAGCUUCUCCCACCGUGCCCUCCCUCAGUUAAGUCUUCUUUUGCAGGUUAACCUUUUCUCCACAGGUAUGCAGGCACUGCUACGUCAGGGUCACUGUUGAAGGACUGGAAAGGAAUUUUCCUGCAUUGGAAGGUUUUGCCUUUCCCGUAGCAAAACAUCACAACUUUGGCGGUUUCAGGCCUUGGGCGGAAUCCUUUAGUCUAUCUACCUAAAUGGGGGUGGGGCGUGAAGCAGUGACCCACGCCCUCCCCCUUUGUGGCGGUGAUACCAGGGUUCCCCGUUAAAGGGGUCUUGAGGGGAGGCACUGGCCAUACAUCGAGAGGUUGUCAUUGCUCUCCCCUCCAACGGUGGCAAAACGGGGGGAAGGCUCUCUGUUUUAACAUAUGUUCUCCAGAGCCAGCCCAAUCCCCACACAUUCUGGAUAACCCUGAAGUCGCCCCAGGUUAUCAUCUGAAUAACCCUGGCUGGGGACUGGGAAGGAUAAAUGCCCAAUGCCUGAGCCAAGGUCUCCCUACAUCUGAAACUUAAUAAAGUUGUGGCCAAUUUUAAUCCCAUAGCACGUUGUCUUGAGUCAUUAUUCCGCUCGGAGGUCACCUGGGUUUGGGGGGACCCCGCCUGUCCACACAAAUAGAUAAAUAAGUAUUUCAAAGACUGCUGAUUAGCUUUCCGUUUAGAACCAGCGCUAAUUUUGCCAUUGUUGGCUACUGUACUGUUAAUAAUGUGGGUUUAAAUACAUUGCUAAGUAAUUCUUUAAAAUUUAUGACUUAACAUGGAGCUGCCUAAAUGGAUCUGGUUCUUGUGAAAAAGUUAUUAUAAACUGUUCAUUUUCAUGUCUUCAUUUGGUUCACUUGAGGACCUGAAUUUACAUUGAACGAUAACCUAAUAAGGCCACAAAGGUUACCAGCCUACAUUUCAGCUGGUCAUGGAGAAAAAGGCUUUCCUUCCUACACAGCUAGCAUGAAAACCAGCUGAUCAGGGACAGAAUUAUCUUGCUAGCCUUCCUGGAAUUCCUAGUUGCCUAUGGAGAUCAGCUAAGUUGUUAAAUGCAAUACUGUUUUACACCCACCAAAGCUUAAUGCUACGAAUAUCUAGGUAAUUAGCAGAAUAAAUGAGUGUGUAUAUGAAAAUACUCAACCUGAAAUUUCAAAGAAUAUCAUGUUGGAUUAAGAUAUUUUGUUUAUUGCUUAUAUAUUUUUUCUGGGCCUAUGAAAUGAACCAUGAACCCAUCUUUUGAAACAGCCUUAUAAUAACCUUACAUCGUUGUGAACGUUUAGUUGCUUCACAGUUUACAUAGCAAUUGUGUUUGUCACUACAUUGGUGUUUUCUGCAAUAAGUACAUAUAUGGUAAAACGUUUGGCAGCAUAUACUUGAGAACCACAACUGGCCGUGAUUCCCUGAUGUGUGGCUGGAGAUGGCUGUAUCCCUUUCAUGCUUAAUGUGAAGCUGUUGUUAGAUUUGAGUUUAAUGCACCUAUCUCAUCAUUGCAGUAUGAAGUGAGCAUUUCUGGGAAUGAAUUGAAGAACGAAGGUCCCACAUUGUCUUUGUUUCAAAUUACUUCAGAAAAAAAUGCAUUUUAUUUAUUAACCAUUCCCCAUUCCUAAUUGUUUUCAGUACAAUAUCAUCUGUAAAGUGGGUAGCUGGAGCACCUUCAAUGCAUCUUUGUAAUGACUUUGUUGUUGUUUAUUGAGAGGGACUAAUUAACUUUGAUUAUUGCACUAAUAUUAUGGCACUUUGACAGUCCCUCAGAUUUAUGACUCUGAGAAAAUAAACAAAUGAAAUGCAGGUGCUGGAGCAGAAAGAAUAAGUUAUUACUGAACUUUAAUUACUUGAAAUGUGUAACUAGGAGAGAAUUAGUUGAUGAAUUACAGAAUGCUUAAUAUUUACAUCAAAAUGCAAGCAAUCUUGGGUAGGAGAUAAAAGAGAGUAGCUACUUAAAGUUAAGAUUUUUUUUUUUUACAAAAAUCUAUUUGAUUAAUUUUAGCAGAUUGGUACUGCUAUUAAAAUGCUGAGGCCUAUAAUCAUACACACAUAUAUGUAUUUGAUAUUUGCUAGUGGCCAUUAAAAAAGCUGCCUGUCAAAAACCUCUUCUUUAAUACCUGUGCUUUCCAUUUGUGAUCUCUUUGCUUGCUAUAACUCGUGAUGCCAAUGGCUAAUUUGCUCUGAUAUUGCAACAGGACAUUGUUGCCCACCCCCUGACUACUAUUGACUUAUCUGCUCUUAUGUCAUAGAUGCUAGCAGUUGAAGAGACAGGAGAGACCUUAGAACAUGAAUUAUGAAAUAGCAACAGAAAUAUAUUCCACGUUCAAAGCAAAUAGUUGGCUUCUCAACAGUUGUAAUGUUCUGAUUGGAAUAGCUUAAUUUAAUAAUUUGAUAAUGUUGAUAAGACAUGUGUUCUGAGAAUUGCAUUAAAUGUAAAUUUUAUAUGUAUAUUUGACACAAAUGUUCUUUUCCAUUUAUAUCAGUAGUGCCACAAAGCAACAGGCAUUUGGAUAAAAAUAAUGUUUAUAUCCUCCGCUUCCAGCAUAUGAAUAAGC